GCGCGCGCAAGGACACAGGAUAUUUUCCUAUAAAAUGUGGGGCGACACCUUGCGGCUACAGUAUCGAAAGAGGCACCACCACGGAAGGACAUCACGAUGAGACUGCUUUGCAUUUUCGCUGCCAUUCUGGCAUUUUCCUUGGGCGAAGAAUCUGAUAAAAAUAAGUCACAAUUAGAAGACUUAGAAGCAGUGGCCACAGUAGAACUUUUAAAAGAAAAUCAUGAUGUACUCCAGCCGGCAGAAAGUAGUUAUAGUACCCCUAACCAGCAAAAAUGGACGAACUUGAAGACCACUAAUCCUAACUAUUAUCCCCAGAACAACUAUGUUUCACAAAGUAACUACAAUCCUACUCCUAAUAACUACGUCCCUCCUCAAAAUCAUUUCGUCCCGGCUCAUAAUAAUUACGCGCCUCCACAGAAUAACUACUUCCCACCUCAGAACGACUACAUAUCUCCAACAAAUAAUUAUGUCCCAUCCAAAAAUACAUAUGCACCUCCUCAAAAUACUGUCCCGCCCCCACAAAAUACCUACUUUCCUCCUCAGAAUACAUAUGUCCCUCCUCAGAAUAACUACAUCCCUCCUCAGAAUAACUACAUUCCUCCCCAGAAUAACUACAUUCCGCCUCAGAAUAACUACGUACCCCCUCAAAAUAACUAUGUUCCUCCACAAAAUGAUUAUGUUCCGCCCAAUAACAACUGGAAUUAUCCUCAACAACAAACUUCUACAACUACUCCUAGUUCGCUAAUCAAAAACGAAAUUACAUACGGUGACAAUGGCAGUUAUAAAUACGAGUACGAAGUUGCAGACGGGACCUACGCAUCAGAACAGGGAUACUCCAUUAACCCAAAUACAGAGAAUGAGAGCAUUGUGAAGAUUGGCAAGUACAGUUAUACUGGACCUGAUGGAAAAGUCUACACGGUCACAUAUUGGGCCGACCAUACUGGAUUCCACGCAACCGGUGACCAUAUACCUACACCACCACCUAUCCCGCCCGCGAUUCAAGCAUCUAUUGAACAAAAUGCAAAGGAAGAAGCAGCUAAGGCUGAAGCGGAAAAGAACAAGCCACAACAAACUUAUUAUCCCACUCAAACACAAAAACCUCAGCAAACAUAUCCCCCACAACAGACUUACUAUCCCCCACAACAAACUUAUUAUCCUCCACAACAAACUAAUUACCCCCCACAACAAACUUAUUACCCUCAACAACAAAAUCCAAGUUACGGCAAAUAAACAUAAUAUAGAAUUUACUAUAGUAUUUAAUAAUGAUAACGAUGAAAAUUCCGAAAAUUUUCGCGAAAGUAAAUAGAUCUUUAAGAAAUUAUUUAAAUUUCUUAUCAGCAAUUUAUUAUUUUUCGCCAGUUAUAUUUAUGAAUUUGUAACACAUUACCUCGGAAUAAUCUAUGAAUAACCAAUUGAGACAGUAAUUGUACUCACGAUUAUUAUUGUGAAUUUGAUUACUGACAAUGGGGAAGGUUGUGAUAUUGUUAAGAGUGUUCAAAGUGAUAAUGUAUUAUUAAAUGUAAUUUGUGAUAUCAA